AAGAGCAAGGUUCUUCAAGAAGUUAGGAUUAUUCAUUCCUUAGAUCACUCAAAUGUACUAAAAUUUUAUUCCUGGUACGAAACUUCUGCUCACUUGUGGUUGGUUUUGGAAUAUUGUGUUGGAGGAGAUCUCAUGUCAUUAUUAAAGCAGGUACCAAUUUCUUAUUUUUCCAAAUCAUUUUAAUCCAGGAAUGUUGAUUUUAUUGAUAUUGUACAAUCUUAGAUUUUUUCCACUGGAUAUGAUCUAUUUGACACCCAAACCUCUAAAAACUCAUUGUGACAUUCUGGUCCCCCAGUGUUGUUGACAUUAUAAACUGCACAUAGACAUUGAAAUUCUGUGCACAUUGUGGCUGCCUCAUACUCGAACCCACUUCUCAUGCUUCACAACCUCAUAUAAGUCAGAUUCGUUAUGUGGAAAAGAGGCUAAAGCUCGAGUGUCCUUGUAUUGGAUCAUAUUUCACAAUGAUGCUGUGGAGAAGUGGUUUAGAAAUAUUUUUCUGAUCCUGGGAAAUGCUCGAGAUCCUCUUCCGGUCACCUGAAAAGGAAUAUACACUCCGGCGGGGGUGCCGGAAUUAGCACUUCGACGGACAAGUCAGUAACCGCACUCAAGAAUACUUAUAUUCUAAGCUAAGCACUACAAUUCUCGCAUACCUCUUUCUGGCUGAUAUUCUUAUAUUUAUAUCUUUUCUCCCAUGGGCCUCGGGAUUAGGUCCAUUCCCAACUCAUAUUCGGCACAUCUUAUAAUAGACCGACCCUCACUCGGCCCCUUGCCUAAUCGGCUAUUUGGCCGAAUAGGGUUGGAUUUGAACAUGCGAGCCAAUUGCGGAGUGCCUCGAAUCUCGACUCUCCGAGAUUCGACCAUCCGGAGUCUCUACGACUCCCUCUUCUCGGCCCCCAUAGAUGCUAAUGGAUAGUUUAUUUUUAGUGUUCAUGCUAUAUCAAUUCCAAUUAUAAUCUGUCAAUUAUGAGUUACGAUGUUCGUUCUUAAGUUUCACAUGUCUCUGUGACACAGCAGAUUUUUUGACAAUACUCAUUAGAGCUUUAAAGAGGAAAAAUGGGAAGACGUGCGGGCAUAUAACCUCUCCACAUCUCUCAUGCUGAUUCUCCCUCGUGUGAGGCUGCACUGCAGAUAAAUAAAUCUCCAAUAACAUGUUAUAGGAAAAGUAUUUCAUUUUUUCAUUUAAUGCUGCGAUGUUGGUUCCUAUAUCUCUGCAUAAUGCUAUAAGCCUUAACACCAUUUUAGAAUUUUAUAGUAAUUAUGUCAUAAAGUAGAACAGAAUUGAGAUCAUGGUGCUUUUUCAUCACCCUGGAUUCAAUGAACUCUAAAUUGCAUAUGCAUUUUGACAAGUGGAAUACUAACUUAAUGAUUGAGUUGCAGGAUAAGCAGCUUCCAGAAGAUUCAAUACAUGAUCUUGCUUGUGACCUUGUCAGGGCUUUGCAGUUUUUGCACUCAAAAGGAAUCAUUUACUGCGAUCUGAAACCAUCAAACAUCUUACUGGAUGAAAAUGGUCGUACAAAGCUUUGUGAUUUUGGAUUGGCAAGAAAAUUGAAUGAUAUAUCUAAAACUCCUUCAUCCUCGUUGCCACAAGCAAAACGUGGAACUCCCUUUUACAUGGCUCCUGAGUUGUUUCAGGAUGAAGGGGUCCAUUCUUAUGCUUCUGAUUUGUGGGCUCUUGGUUGUGUGCUAUAUGAGUGCUACGUUGGGAAUCCACCCUUUAUGGGAAAAGAAUUUACUCAGUUAGUAAAAUCAAUCCUUUCAGACCCAACUCCAUCUCUUCCAGGUACUCCCAGCCGUCCCUUUGUCAAUCUAAUCAAUUCCCUCCUGGUGAAAGAUCCGUCUGAAAGAAUACAGUGGGUUGAGCUCUGUGGACAUGCUUUUUGGAGAACAAAAUUUACUCCACUGCCUUUACCUCCUCAGCCUGCUUUCACUAAUAUGAUAGAGCUUUUAUCUAAACCAUAUCUCUCAGAACGCAAUAGCGACAAUCCUCCCCAAAACAAAACCCCACCAAAAUCUCGUGGAAAAGAUUCCAAAGGGGGUCCCAAACAGGAUGAGAAUUCUAUUUUGGGAUCAAGAGGUUAUUACACACCGGUUAAGGGUAUAUCCAGUGGACGAAGGACUCAAACAAAGGCUUCAGGCAAAGCAAUUGAGGAGAAGCAGAAAGAUCAUUCAAGCAAUACUAGGGGUGUGAAUCUUCUAAGGCUCUCAAGAAUAGCAAAAUCAAACUUACAGAGAGAAAAUGAGAAGGAGAACUUCCGGAGGCCGUUGCCUAAUGGGUCUGAAAUUGAUGCAGAAGUGAAAAUUGAAAACACUGAUAUGGAACUUGAUUUUAACGAGAACAUGGAAGAUGAGACACAUGAUGAUCCUGAUGGGUCUGAUAACCUGACUUGCUCUGAUGAAAAAAUGACAGAUCCAAAUCAGCAUCAGGAAAAAAUAGAACAAAUAGACAUGGAUAUAUCCCCUACGGUUAACACUCCUAUCUCAGAUGACUCAAGAACACCUGACCUGGAUUUAUCUUCAGAACACAAUGAAGUGGCUGCUGCUCCACCCAGUGUUAGUCCUCUACUCAAAACUCAAAGGGUUAAAGAAGGUUCAGGAAGUGCCCUCAACUCAGAUACCUCAAAAUCAUCUAAUGAUCUCUCGCAGCUGCUUUGGCAUCCAUCUGAUCUCUCAGUUAGACCAGUGAUGCCCAGCAAGAAGGCUGACAAAGUAUCAAUACCUUCUCUUCCAUUUGAUGCACUGUCAGCAUCAGAUUUUGUGAAGAUGCCCAAGGAUCAGUUGGACGCAUUCAAUAAUAGAAUCAUAACAAUCUUAAAUGGAAACACUGCUAUUGGUGAGAAGCAGAAUAUAAUUAGAUACCUCGAGACACUAAGCAGUAAUGCUGAUGCUGCCAAUAUCUUGACCAACGGGUCAAUAAUGCUGGUGCUUAUCAAAAUGCUACGACAGUCUAAGGCUUCAGCUUUGCGUGUUCAACUUGCUUCACUGAUCGGUUUGUUGAUUCGACAUUCUACUUUCAUUGAUGAUGAUUUGGCAAAUUCUGGAAUUUUAGGUUCACUGACUGAUGGUCUCAGAGACCAGCAAGAAAAAGUGAGGAGGUUUUCUAUGGCUGCUUUAGGUGAGUUGCUAUUUUAUAUAUCUACUCAAAACGAGCAUACUAAGGACAACAAUCCUCCUGAAUCUCCGUCUAAGGAUAAUCGGUUUUCUUCAGGCUGGCAGGUUUCAAGCCCACUAAUUUCAUUGGUGUCAUCAAUUUUACGGAAAGGAGAGGAUGAUAUCACUCAACUCUAUGCGUUGAGGACAAUUGAAAACAUCUGCAGCCAAGGAGGGCAGUGGGCAACUCGCUUCACCAGCCAGGAUGUGAUUAGCAAUCUCUGCUAUAUAUUUAGAGCUGCAGGGAAACAGGAGAGCAUUAGGCUCACAGCCGGGUCUUGUUUGGUGCGUCUGGUUCGUUUUAACCCUCCUAGCAUUCAACAAGUUAUGGACAAACUUUCAUUAAGGGACACUGCAUCUGCCCUUACCAAGGGCAGUCCACGUGAGCAGCAAAUUUGUUUAAACCUUUUGAAUAUGGCCAUGAUUGGGACACAUAUAUUCACAAACAUUGGACGACAUCUUCUUCCCUUGGUGGAAGAGAAGAAUCUCGUCCCAUGUCUCACGUCUCUCAUCGAUCAGGGAACUGAAGUCUUGAAAGGAAAGGCACUUGCUUUUGUGGCUCUACUUUGUAAGAACGGGAAGCGAUGGCUAUCACAUUUCUUUUGCAAUGCAAGGUUACUCUCAGCAGUGGACAGGUUGGUAAAGGAAAAGGAUAGCUAUGUGCAACAGUGUUUAGAUGCAUUUGUUCAUGUCGUGGCAUCGACUAUACCAGGUUUGCUAGAAGUUAUAACCGGGGACAUUCAUCAGAUAAUGGGAGGGAGACGACCGGGGCAGAUUGCUGCUCUUACCAGUCGAGCCACUCCAAAGACAAACUUUCAUUUGUUUCCUGUUGUUUAUCAUCUUCUUGGAAGCUCCUCUAUAAAGCGUAGGGUGGUGACUAAUCACGUCCUGCAGCAAUUGGCAAAUUUAAUAAAACUUGCGGAGUUGCCUUUUCAGGGCAGGGAUGACUUCCAAAUAACACUUUUACAAGUCCUUGAGUCCAUCACGGAGGAGCCCUCAGUUAUUGUUGAGAGCCCUAACACUUUUAUCCGCGAAAUCCUUCCCAGUCUAGCUGUUGUGUACAAGGGAAACGGAGAUGGAGACGCCCGAUUCUUGUGCCUGAAAAUUAUGUUUGAUGUGAUGGUUAUUUUUCUCGAUGAACCGUCAGAAGAUGAACAACGAGCAGUCGAUUUGAAGUCCAUAUCCAACACUCAUUUCCUUCCUCUGUUCCCCACCUUGAUUGAGGAUGAAGAUCCCAUACCCAUGUACGCUCAGAAGCUUCUAGUGAUGCUCAUUGAGUUCAAUUACAUCAAAAUCCCCGACAUUCUACAUUUGAAGAUAGUUUCACAGUGCUUUGAAUUUCUGCUUGGUGAUCUCUCAUCUGCAAAUGUAAACAAUGUCAUGCUCUGUCUGGCUUUGGCAUCUGCUCCAGAGUUGGAAAACAAGAUACUCUCUCAACUAAAAGUAGCAAGAAGGAUCGGAAACCUUUUGGAGUUUGUGUAUGCAAAGGAAAUGCAAGAUUUUAUCGAACCAACUCUUGGGUUGUGCAGGGCUUUCCUUCUACGCUCAGCAGGCAAUAAAAAAGGUUUUGUCUAUGCAAAAGAACCGACUCUCUUAGGUGAUGGUUCUUCUGAGGGGAGUGGUGUCGUUGAUCAACAUCAAUGCAUAAGAGAUAUAAUGGAUUUUGGUAGCAAUGUUGGCGUCUUUCUGGAGUUGAGCAAGUCACAUGGCUCAAACAUUGCGGAUAUAGCCUCUGAAUGCAUAGUUUUGGUGCUCGGGGCAGCUCCAAGGGAAGCUACCACGGGUUUUCUAACUAAGCUUCCCAAAGUUAGUGUGAUUCUCGAGUCAUGUCGUCAGGGAAACUCUGACUUAGUAGUGCAACGGAUGCUUCAUGCCCUCGGGUUUUCAUGUCAACAAUAUCUGUCACAAGCAAUGAUAUUAUCGAUAUCUAUACCGGAGAUUUCAAGAAUUGAAGCCAUUGUUUCUGAGCUCAAAAGCUCAACCAUAAAGGGUGUUGCUGAUGCUGCUUGCAGAGUGGCAUUGGAGUUGCAGAGGUUGCCUCGUUGCAUUUGAAGUUCUUUAAGAGGAAUCACAAAAGGUUCAUUGGCUUGGGCUUUCUAAAGGCAAACACCUCUUUAUUUCCCCUAGUUCAGAUGAGGCCUCAACAACCCAACCCUUGUAUUAAGGUGAGAGAGUUCAUUUUUUACAUAAUACUGGCUUUCAUUGGCCUGUCUUUGUACAACUUAUGUACACAUGUAACAUCAUUAAUUCAUUCAAUUUGAAUAAUAUUUUUCAAAAUUGAAUCAAGAUUUGAGUAAAGUGAUUAUUUAAUACUAA